AUGAUCUUUGCCAGUGUCGCCCUCGUCCUGGCCACCCAGCUGGUGGCCAAGGCCUCGGCCUCGCCCACGUCCUCGGCCGCCGCGGGCGUGAGCCGGCGCUCGCCGCUGGGCAUCAGCCUGCCGCCGCUGAUCCCGGCCAUCCCCGGCGUGACCGAGGCGCUCAACGACCUGGCGCCGCCGCUGCCCAUCCUGCAGCUGCCGACGCCCGCGCUCGACAGCCCGCCCUUUGAGACCAAGGACAUCAAGGCCAAGAAGAUUGGCUACAUCUGGACCGGCGCCGGCGACAACCACCACAAGGAUUUCCUCGCCGCCAUCAGUCUCGAUGAUGACACUUUUGGAGAGUUCCUGCAUAUUGCCGAUGUGCCCACCAGUGGCAACUCGCCGCAUCAUCUGGGCACCUCGCUGGACGGCAAGACGCUCGUCGGUGGCGGUCUGCUGUCGCUGCUCAAGACGCAGGAUACUGCCUUUUACUGGGACUCGAGUGACCCAUACCACCCCAAGUUCCAGCACAGCAACAGAGCCGUGCUCAGCUCCAUCACGGACGAGAUCCGCGCCCUGCCCGGCGGUGGCUUCCUCAUCACUUACAUGGGAAGCGCUGUUGGCACCUCGCCCGGUCGCCUUGUCGAGACCGACGGCUACGGCAACAUUCUCCACGAGUGGCCCGAGGAUGUUGACGGCACGCUCAACAUUCUUGGCGAGCAGUUCAGCCCCCACGGCCUGAGCGUCGACUUUGAGAAGAACCUCAUCCUCACGUCGGACUUUGUCGUCCCUCUGAGCAUCCUCAAGCCCGUCUCUGCUCUCGGCAUCCAAAAGGCCAACACUCUGCGCCUGUGGACGCUCAACAACCGCAAGAUCAUCUCCACCAUUACCAUUCCCGACGGCCAAGGUAUUCAGGACGUCAAGUUCAUCCCCGGCAACCCCGAGAGCGCUGCCAUUGCCACUGCUGUCAAGAACGGCCAGGUCUGGAUCAUCUACCCCUUCCGCAAGGACGCCAAGGGCAAGCAGGGCGUGGCCGAGCUGCUGUACGACCUCGGCCCCAAGGCCAAGGAGUCGGUCGCCAUCUACUCUGAUAUUUCCGACGACGGCAAGUUUGCCUACUUCACCCUGACGCUCGGCAACCACGUGGCCGCGCUCGACAUCUCGGACCUCAAGAACGUCAAGCGCCUCGACGACCCCAACCAGCAGCAGCCCAUCAUCGGACCCCACUACGUCAAGAUCUCGCCCGACAAGAAGAACCUGCUCGUCUGCGGCUACUUUGUGCAGGCCGGCGAUAUCUCGGUCCUCAACACCCCCGGCGACUACAAGGUCCACUGGAUUGACAUCCUCGACAACGGUGCGCUCAGCUUCAACCGCACCAUUGACUUUGAGUCCAUCUUUACUCGCACCCGCGGUGGCGCUCGCCCUCACAGUGCCGUCAUCUUUGACCUCACGGACCCCAACCACCCCGUCUACUACUAG